AUGUCUGCACAAUGUCAAUUAUGUCAAAAAAUAAUUCAAGGGCAAAAAGGUUCCACAGGAAAUUUUCAUAGUCACAUUAAGUUUAAACAUGCAUCAAUGCUAUCCAAAGUUAGAGACAGUAAAAAAUUAUUCAAAAAGACAACUGAACAUGCUAAAGGAACAAUUACUCCCAAUAAACAAAUGCAACUGCCAUUCUUUAAAACCAGUAUUACUAAAUGUCAAAUUACUGAGUUAGUGUUUAAUUACAUAGUUGAAGAAAUGAGACCUAUUGUUACGUGUGAAAAACCGUCAUUUCGUCGUCUCAUUCAAGGACUAACUGGCAUAACUGAUUCAACUGUACUUCCUAACCAUAAGAAUAUAUCAAAAAUAUUACAACUUAAGUAUGACAAUUAUGUAUCCAUGUUGACUAAUUUAAUUGAAAAACAGAAAUACAUCUGUUGUACAGCGGAUAUAUGGAGUGCCAAUAAUAAAAGCUUUAUGGGAAUGACAUGUCAUUUUAUUGAUGAAUUUUCAUAUAAACGGUCUUCAUAUGUCUUAAGUUGUAAGAGAAUAAAAGGUAGCCAUAAUUAUUUGAAUAUUAAUGAUGUAAUAACUGACAUUUGUGAUGCUUAUCAAAUUAAGAGUUCUAAAAUCACCCAUAUUAUAACCGAUAAUGCUAGUAACUUUGGCAAAGCAUUCCGUACAUUUUCUAAAAUCUCAACAACUGAAUCCCAUCCUCAUUAUGUAGGUAACUUAGGUGAAUUAGACAUUGACACUGAUGAAGAAACACAAAUUGAUAGUGAUAAUGAAAAUAAUCUGUCCAGUCCUAUAGAUAUUGAAUAUGUUGAUAUUGGUCAGUUGCUUUAUGAUUCAAAUAGUUCUGAUUUGUUUAGUAAAUUAAAUUCUUUUUGGAAUCUAUUAAGUAGAAGUACUGGGGCAUCAGACAAAGUUGUUGAUAUUUGCAAAGUUAAAUUUCCUGUGCCAAUAAUGACUAGAUGGAACUCCACAUUUGAUGCGAUUCAAAAAGUAUUAUUGUUUAGAGAAAAGCUUACUUUUGUAUUUUUAGAAUUAAAAUUAGCUAAAUUAAAGAAUACAGAAUGGGUAUUUUUGGAAGAUCUUGAAAAAAGGUUCAGUUAUUUGUUCGACUUGAGUUCUCCAAAAAGUAAAAGUUUUAUUAUAUCAUCUAUGAGCCAUCCAUUAUUUAAAUGUAGUUGGAUUCCACUAAGGUACAUAGAUUUGUGUAAAGAACUUUUCAUAAACGAAUGCAAAUUAACAACUUCUGAUUCUGAUUUAUAUGAAAAUCCUAUUUCUGAUAACAGUGAUGAUAGUGAUACUGAAUUUUAUGGGAAUGUUUUUUCAUCACAAAAUAGUUCUUCAAUUAAUGGUGAACUAUCCACCAACGCAGAUUUGGCCCUUAGAAAUUCUAACUUGUCUAGUGUUGAAGCCUUAUCUUUUUUGAAUUCAAAAGUUAAAGAGCUAAAUAUAUUAGACUCAUUCCCAGUAGUUAAACAAGUCUUUAUGAAAUUCAAUACAUCUAUUCCCUCUUCAGCACCAGUUGAAAGACUUUUUAGUGGGGCUAUCCAAAUCUUAACUCCUAGACGUAAUCGUCUUAAUGAUAAACAUUUUGAUAUGCUUCUGUGUUGUAGAUGUUAUUUGCAACAAAAUAGUCUUACUUAA